AUGACACGAUUUCGCACGAAAGUCAGUAUCAAGGAAGCUUUCGUGGAAGAAACUUCAGUCAAAUUCAGUGCUGUGAAAAUGUUGCAGAAAAUUGCCAAAAUUUUUAUCCUGUUUCACCUUCUCGACAUUCUUCAUCUCCAUGCAAGCCCAACUAAUCAAGCUGCCAAUCAACCUGAGGAGUUCAUAAUAGGAGGCGAGAAUGCAGCUAAUGAAUUCACGAAUGUUUGUCUCAUCGUGAGCCUCUUGGAAACAUCCACAGACCACGGAUAUCUUUUCAGCGGCGUCCUUAUUUCGCCAUCGCACGUUUUAACGGCUGGUCAAGCAGCUCAUGGCUACCAUCGCUGGAAAGUCGGUCUGGGCCAUGUAAAUCGCUUGCUGAUGCACUUCUACGUUAGUCAGAAUGCCACAGUUCAUCCCAACUUCAAUCCUGUCAACCUUAACAACAAUCUGGCUAUUAUUCAACUCACCGAAUCCGUGGCUGCGAACAUCGCAACGCCAAUCGUCAUGGCGCCUGUUGAUUUAAUGCCCGCCAUGCAAUACAUCUACUUCGGCUAUGGCUCCACCAAUCCCACCACUCCGGACGCCGUCCCAUACGUUCUGCAGCAAGCGUUCACCACUCUUUUGCCCGUCAACCAGUGCCAGAUCGUGUACGGCAACCAGCUGGUCACUGAGGCUUCGUGGUGCGCACAGGGAAGUCUCACAACUAGCCUCUGCUUCGGAGAUCAGGGAGGACCUCUGCUGCAUUUUCUGGAUCGCUUUCUCGUUGGCAUUGCCAGCUUCUGGAUGCCACCCUGCAAUAGUGGCCAUCCCAAUGUCUUCGUGCGCGUUUCCCACUAUCGCGACUGGAUCAAUCAGGAAAUCCAGAGCGCCGCCGAUCCAUGA